AUGGAAGAGACAAGCAUCGGUGUCGAAAACCCGUCGAAUCCGAAUGUGGGUGACCGGACAGCCAGGACGUCGGAACAGAAUGGUGUUUAUGUUGAAAUGGCCAUGGGGGAGAAGUUGCUUGCCGGUAUAACCGUCCUGUGUCGUGGUGAGUGCGCUUUCCCGCCGUUAUCAUUCGGCGAUGUGGUCCGCUAG